UUCUAGAACCUGAUUUCACCGUAUCUUACAGUCAACACUCGAAAAAAGGAAACUCGAAUAGACAUACCCGAAAAGUAUUCUAAACGAAACCCUUUUAUGGUAUACUUUAAUUAAAAAAGAAAAUCUAAUUUCGUCCGUAAAGUCUCAAAUCCAUCCACCAGAAUGAAGUGUUCUAUGGUAGCGCGUGCUGCUUUAAAGUCUUUCAAAUCUCCUGAACUUCGUAAAUCAGUCUUGCAUUCCCAAUAUGUAGCAUUGUUACAGGAGUCUCCUAACUUUUUGCUUUUACAACAUAAUAAUCUUCUUCCUUCUGAGUCCCGGAAUCUUCGUAAUGAGCUUAAAUCUCAUGCACCUAAUGGUAAUUUGAAGAUCAUAUCUAAUUCCAUUUUCCGACAUGCCUUGCAUGUGUACGAUAGCCUGCCAAAAGGUGCUGAUGGCAGUGUUGAUCUUUCCAAGGCCAAUGAUAUUUCAUCAAAUAAGAAUGCAAAUCGCGUUAAGCUCGACAUAGAUGACUUGUUUGUAGGUCCGCUUGCAAUUUUCGCUUUGGGCCCAGAUGUGGCACCUGAGAGUAUUCGCGGAUGCCUGUCUGCAUUAAAAAGAUUUCAAAACAAAAUGGUUCUUCUUGGCGGUCGCUUGGAAUCGGAAGGAAUGGACUUCUUCCAAGUUGAAUCCAUAUCCAAGAUUCCCUCUCAUAAGGGUUUACAAGCAAGUCUCCUUUCCCUACUAUCACAUCCCUCCCAGCAACUUAAACAGCUUUUGGACAUGGCCAGAGGAAAUGUUGCUUACACUCUUGAACGAAGAGAGGAUUAGUGUCCCUGUUUUUUUGAUCUUGAGUUCUUACACCAUGGAAGUAUUUUUUUGCUUUCACAUUUGAUAUCUCAUUUCCUUUCUUUUACCUUGCACUUUAACAUCCCCCUUCUAUUCCCCAUUGAAUACAGUUAAUGUUUGAUAUAAAUACUAUCCACCGUUCUAUGCAAAUGGUUGGUAUUGUAAUCUACCAUACACUGCAUUCUUUUUGUAAACAGAUGCCUAUAUCAGACACCAUCCUAUGUAGAUUCAUUUCAGUAGCUAGUCAUUUACUCCUUUAAACACUCUACAAACGCACUCUACGCGGUUGGUUUAUCGCAAUAAGCAUAAAAUAGGG